CUUCUUUUUGCACCUUACCUGCAAGGGGCAAAGGCAAUGGAUGGUUGGCGAUAUCACAGCCUCCAAUGGCUUCUCCUUUUUAUCCGUCGGAUGGUUCAGAGUUUCGGUCGUGAUAUCAUACUGUACUUGUAUAUAAGUUGGCUGCUCUCCCGUCUCUCUACACCUUUCUUCUUCACCCACUAUUCCAUCGGUAGCCCGAAAUCACUCCUUUUUUCCAGCUUCCGGUUGUCUACAAUAAUCCCUCCUUUGAGGAUAGUCCUUCUUUUUAAGUCUUUCUUUUACAAAUAUCAAAUCCACAAUGAUCUUUAAUACUCUUACCUUUGCGGCUUUAUUCGCCACUGCAGUCUCAGGACUCGCUGUCACCCCUACCGGCGAUGCCAACACCUUGGCACAGGCGAUCCUUGGCUCCAGCCCUGGAAUCAAGCUCGUCUCCGCCAGCUAUGCUGGUUCCCCAGACAGCUCCGGUACUUACACCGAUGGCCCCCAGGGAAUCCGUAGUGCUGCUGUCCUUACCAGCGGAGACGCCGUCGACACCAUUGGAGCCGGCACUGAAAGUGAUAUCUCCAAGGCCAAGGGAACAGCAGGAAGCACUCUUUGCAGUGCUCUUGCCGGUGGCUCUUCUUCCUACGAUGCCGCAGUUCUCACCAUGAACGUCGAGCUCCUGUCCGGCUUCACGGGUUUCUUCACCGAGUUCAUUUUCGCUUCAGAGGAGUACCCCGAGUGGGUUGGUUCCGAGUUCAACGAUGUGAUGGGUAUCUACGUCGAUGGUAAGCAGAUUGCGUUCGAUGACACGGGUGCCCCCAUCACUAUCAACGGUCCGUUUUUCAAGAGCGACAAGGUCCUCGUCCCUCCUAGUUCGGGGUCUAACUUCGACGGAUCCACUCCUAUCCUAAAGUCUGGUCAUGUUGCCCCGGUCGGAACCCACAAGAUCGAGAUCGCCAUUUGCGACAUUGCCGAUCGUCUUCGUGACAGCUCCGUCUUCGUUACCCUUGGUGCGUGCACUGGUGAGUGCAAGGAGGGAACAACCGUCUCCCCCUGCGCAGGAAAGGGUGGUGAUUCUGAUAACGAUGGUAUCUGCGACCACGUCGACAACUGCCCCAGCGUCUUCAACCCCGACCAGAACCCGGCCGCUUGCGCACACGGAACCGGAACUGGUGGCCACGGUGCUAACGUCACUACCACUCCUCCAAAGUAUGGCAACACCACCACUACUGCGCCUGGCGGUGUCGUCACUCCUCCCUGUGUCACCCUUACCUCGAUGGUCACCAAGACCAUCACCACCUGCACACAGAAGACCAUCUGCACCCCCACUACUACCGUUGAGCCAGUCACUUACACAUCAACUCUUUCCUUGACCGUCACCACUCCUUGCUCAACCUACACUGUAAGUCCUCGCUCCACCCGGCUCUAGCGUGUACACCACAUACUAACAUGUGUUGCAGGUCAGCAAGUGCCCUGGUGGACCCGGCUCCCCUUGCUACACCUACACCAACACUGUCACUCUUGCUCCCCUGACCACCUAUAGCCACCCAGCUGCCACCUACACCCACAAGUGCCCUGGGGGACCGGACUGCCCUGUUACUUACUCCACCACCGCCUACCCUUGUCCUGGUGGAACCCACUGCGCUGUUCCCACGAUCUCCACUGUCACUUACAAGUGCCCCGGAGGACCCAACUGCCCACCUUCCGUGUCAACCACCUAUACCUGCCCAGGCGGACCCAACUGCCCAGUUGUCACCUACCCCGCUGGAUGCCCAGGCGGACCCAACUGCCCACCCGUUGUCACUUACCCCGUCGGAUGCCCAGGAGGCGCCAACUGCCCACCUGUUGUCACCACCACCCCAUAUGUUGCGCCUACUCCUGUUGCCGGCUGCCCAGGUGGACCCGGAUGCCCGGCUGUCUAUGGGUCUGGCAACAAGACCUCACCUAACGUUGCUCAGUACACUGGUGCUGCCGGACGUGUGGGUGCUGGUGCCGCUGGUGUUGUCGGUGCUGUCGGUGCUUUCGCAGUCCUGCUGUUGUAAGGGGGUAGAGCUGAGUUGGUAAUGAUUUUCUGAUUUGGAAUUCUGGCGUAGGGGUUUUUGUAAUGAGGAUGAAGAAGCGGAGCGGAAUAAUUAUGUUCUGGUAAUCAUUCGAAGAAGAAAAUUUAUUCCAAAAAACCCAUUUUAUUUCCUAGUUUAUCAUCUAGAAGUUUAUAGCUUUUCCUUGUUUUCU